CCAGGCUGAGGAGCUUCAAUAACCGGAAAAUUCGCGUCAAGAUAAGAAAAAAACAAUCAGAAAACUCGGAAAACCGUCGUAUCACCGCCCAGUCCUCCGCCACAUGGCAGCCUCUCCGUCGCCACCGCCUCCGUCGCUGCCACACCCAAACAAACCCCUAAUUAGAACCAUCACCACCACCACCACGGCUGCAUUAUUUCACUCCUCUUUACACCGUCGCCGAUCUCUCACCCGCAGGAGGGUUAACAUUCAGUGUGAACACGGCAGCUUCGAUAACGGGGCCCAUCACCUCCAACCCCAACAACAGUGGACUGUCGAUUGCGUCACUGGAAGUGAUCCGAUUCACAUUAUUAUCAAGCCUCCUUCCUCUAAAGCAUCUCCAAUGCCGAUGAAUUCCGGAUUGAAAAACUCUAAAAAGGUUUGCCUCUUUUAUGCCGCUGAAAUGGAGGCGCUUGCACAGAGGAUUGCUGCCCAAUCCGAUGCAAUUGAGCUUCGUAGUAUUAGUUGGAGAAAAUUUGAAGAUGGAUUUCCAAACUUAUCAAUACCUAAUGCCCAUGGAAUCCGAGGAGAGCAUGUAGCUUUUCUUGCAUCAUUUAGUUCUCCUGGAGUUAUCUUUGAGCAACUUUCAGUUAGCUAUGCAUUGCCAAAAUUGUUCACUUCUUCCUUCACUUUAGUCCUUCCUUUCUUCCCUACUGGCACUUCUGAACGAAUGGAGGAUGAAGGAGAUAUUGCAACAGCUUUCACUCUUGCUAGAUUCUUGUCAAACAUUCCAAUAUCAAGAGGAGGCCCCACUAGUGUGGUAAUCUAUGAUAUUCAUGCCCUGCAGGAAAGAUUCUAUUUUGAUGAUAAUGUGCUACCAUGUUUUGAGAGUGGGAUUCCUUUGCUUAAAAGUAGGCUUCAACAGCUCCCUGAUUCCGAAAAUAUAUCGAUUGCUUUUCCGGAUGAUGGUGCUUGGAAACGGUUUCACAAGCAGUUGCAGCAUUUCCCUGUGAUUAUUUGUGCAAAAGUUAGAGAAGGUGACCAAAGAAUUGUACGCAUUAAAGAGGGAGAUCCAAAAGGACGCCAUGUAGUCAUAGUUGAUGAUCUUGUUCAGUCAGGUGGAACUCUGAUUGAAUGCCAGAAAGUAUUAGCAGAACAUGGAGCAAAAAAAGUUAGUGCAUACGUGACCCAUGGUGUUUUUCCCAAAAGGUCAUGGGAACGUUUCAAACAUGAUACUGGAGGGCGUCCGGAUAGCGGAUUGACAUACUUUUGGAUUACGGACUCGUGUCCUUUGACAGUGAAGGAAGUGAAGAACAAACCUCCAUUUGAAGUCUUGAGUCUUGCAAGUUCCAUAGCAGCUGCCUUGCAAAUAUAAACUCUUUUUUCUUCGUUGUUAAUUGUUAUUAUUCUCUCUCUCUCUUUUUUUUUUAAUUUAUAGAGGGAUUUGGUUCCAAAAAUGGAACCAAAUUUUGCAUCAUUCAUUGUUGUUUAGGUGGUGAAUAAAUCUAGAUUUUUGUCACCAAGCAAACGAGAUUAUUCGUGUAUGC